GCCAAUCACGGCGGCCUUUUACCACGUGAUCAGCUGUGACCAAUGACACAGCAAAUCACCAGUGCCCAGCAGUACCGCCCACCUGUGCCACCCACCUGUGCCCACCAGUGCUGCCCACCUGUACCCAUCAGUGAAGCCCACAUGUACACAUCAGUGCCACCCACCUGUGCCCUGCAGUGCCACCCACCUAUGUCCAUCAGUGCCACCCACCUGUCCCCUGUAGUUCCACCCAGCAGUAUCACCCACCUGUGCCUAGCAGUGCCACCCACCUGUGCCCAGCAGUGCCACCAAUUAGUGCUGCCCAUCAGUGCCGCCUAUCAGUGCAGCAUCAUCAAUACCAGCUCAUCAGUGCCGUCUAUCAAUGCUGCCUAUCUG